CUGCUUGUGUGGGGCCUGCGCCCGCCCGCGCCCGCUACCUGCCCGGCACCAUGCCAGGGCGAGCGCUACACCGGCCUCUCAGCAUCCACCACUGUCAGUUUAUCACAAGCACAUCACCAACUACUUCCACCGAACGUCUCACUCACUCAACUUCGAAGUGACGCACCACCACAGCUGCUGACACACUUCCACCAACUGAAACAAAGAUAA